GCACUAUUUCACUCUCUAAGAGUGAUCUUAGAAUAUGCGCGUAUAGCGAGCCGUGCCAAAUUGAAGAGAUUGGUCUUGAAAUGAUACAAGCGUCUGUGACAGCGCGAGGAUUUUGAGUGGCACAAGAACUGCACACCUCGCCACCUCAUCCGCAAGACAAACCAAAACGGAUCUCAUGCGUUGCUCAAAUACUUUUUCUUCACCUCUCUUUACUUGGUACCCGACCUGGGUACUGUUCUAAACUGCUGAAUAUUGUGUUGACGCAAUAUUGAUGGGAUGGUUUUAUUCACAAGCGAAAAACAUACCAUCAACUACGGGAUUACUAAUUUCAUAAAAUCGUCCGUCUGUCCAAUAUCACGACUGUGAAAUUGGUUGCGAAGGCUAUAGGCAGUCCUGCGAAACAGCACGCUUUCUUGUCUACGGUAAUAUUUCUUUUGUUGACAUUACUCUCAUCUGAUCAUAUGAGUGCAGCGUUUAGUCCGUCGUUUAUGAUGAUGCAGCGCCCACUGGGAAGCACCACUGCUUUCAGCAUCGACUCUCUGAUCGGCGGGCCACCACAGCCCAGCCCGGGACAUUUUGUGUACACCGGCUACCCAAUGUUUAUGCCGUACAGGUCAGUGGUGCUUCCGCCGCCCCCUCCGCCGCCCCCUACCCUAUCCCAGUCCGCUCUUCAGCAGGGUCUCCCGGCUAGUCAUCCGCACCAUCAGAUUCCCAGCCUCCAGAAUACGUUCUGCUCGAGCCUGGCUCAGGGCAUGGCGCUGACUUCCACUCUCAUGGCUACUCUUCCUGGUGGCUUCUCAACCUCACAGCAGCAUCAGGAGGCGGCGAGAAAGUUCGGAUCUCAGUCACUUCACGCAGUUUUUGACAAAACUCAGGACAUUCGUUUGGAUGGUGAUGACGGAAAGACUUUUCUAGGGAAGGAAUCCGUUUCGCUACCACCCUUCCACGACUCAGAUCAACUGCAAUCAUCCACGGCCAGAGCCCAUGGAAAAGAAGAUGCCAAGGAGGACGAGUGCAAUAGAAAAGAUGAGAGCUUCUCAAUGGACAGCGAUUUAGACUAUAGCUCUGAUGACAACAUUACGGGUAACUCGAUGUGUCAGAAAGAGGACGGCGACGGUAAUGGCGGCCUGGACGAAGGAAUCCACGGUUCCAGUGGGGCUGGCAGCACCACAUCUACCGGCAAGAACAGACGGAGGAGAACGGCAUUCACGAGUGAGCAACUUUUAGAACUGGAGAAGGAAUUCCACUGUAAGAAAUAUCUGUCUUUAACGGAACGCUCACAAAUCGCUCAUGCCUUAAAGCUCAGCGAAGUGCAAGUCAAGAUCUGGUUUCAGAACCGGAGGGCUAAGUGGAAACGCGUCAAGGCUGGCAAUGUUAACUCCAAAACCGGGGAACCCUCUAGAAACCCCAAAAUUGUGGUACCCAUUCCUGUGCACGUGAGCCGCUUUGCAAUAAGGAGUCAGCACCAACAGUUAGAGCAAGCCAGACCAUAAUAUUGUUUACGUUAUAGGUAUAAACGGUGGACCAAAAUACAGAUUAAUUUGAUUUUAGCAUACUUUUUAACACACCCAAAAAGGCGCAAAUGAUUGGCAUAGACACUAAUACAAUGCCCACACCAAGUUUAUACUCCGGAGAAUCACUGAAUGACAAGUGAAGAGGGCACCCUUAAAUGAAUUGAUGGUUACAUGUGUUGCUUUACUGCGGAAUCGAUCCGUCGAUGGUGAGACUGUCUGUUAAAUGACUAUACGAAGAGGACAAAAAAACACAUGGUGACAAAUUUAUCACCGAGGCGCAUGUAAAUAUCAAGGAGGACCAUAAAUAUAAUCGACAUGGGACCAAUUUGAGGACAUAACACACAAACAAAAUUGUACAUUUCAAUAUGUCAACAUUAUAGCCUAUGUUUGUCUUUUGUUUUUAUCUUUUGACGUGCUACAGAAGCUUAGGUCGUAUUCAGAAACCCGCUGGUGUUUUUCAGAAUGAACACAAUCAGAAUGAUAAACUCUCCCAGAAGGAGCACUUUUAUAGUUUGUAUUUUGUUUUUAACAUAUCUUUUCAUCCUAUACCUACUCACUCUUCAGAUAAACAGGCAAACAAAUCCACCAUUCACCUCUCAGUCAUUGAUUUUUACUCUGUGGUUGCUGGGAUUUUCUUUUUCUUCCUUGUGACAUUUUCAAUAUCCAGGAAGCACGCUGCUAAUUUAUUUAAUAUUGUACAAAAGUAACUAACAUUCCAUAACGUAUUGAUUAAAUACUAUAGUGUGCAU